UGAAUCAACCGGCCAGAUGCCCACUCUUUGGCUUCCCCCCUUUGCUAUACAUAAAAAGGCUUGGGUUGCGGUCGUUUAUGGGGUGAAAACCUUACAUAUACUCCGUAGGUUUUAAACCCUCGGCAUUGCAGUUAGUCCAACAUUUUACACUCCUACUACCUAGCCUCUCCACCGCCUAUAUAGAUCACACUUUUCUUCCUAGAUUUCCCCAUCCCCUUCUCUGCCCUCCUCAUUCAUCUAUUUUCUCUCAUUAUUGUUAUAUUAUAUUAUCAGAUACCAGAUAGGGAAAUAUGGCAGAUGCUGAGUACCGAUGCUUCGUCGGUGGUUUGGCAUGGGCAACCACCGAUGACUCUCUCGGUAAGGCGUUCGCUGCCUACAAUGUCCUCGAUACGAAGAUUAUUAUUGAUCGCGAAACAGGCAGAUCCAAAGGAUUUGGCUUUAUCACUUUUAAGGAUGAGGAUUCCAUGAAACAGGCUAUUCAGGAAAUGAACGGCAGUGAGCUUGAUAGACGAAACAUCACCGUCAACGAGGCUCAAUCUCGCGGUUCAGGAGGCGGAGGCGGAGGAGGCUAUGGUGGUGGUCGCCGUGACGGUGGAGGUGGAGGUUACGGAGGCGGUGGGGGUGACCAAGGCAAUGGAAGCCGUGGUGGUGGUUAUGGCGGCGGCGGCGGCCGCAGCUGGAGGGACUAAGCUACAUAUCUAAUAUCUGAUCAUUGUUAAAACUUCUGUUUGAUCUGCUAGUUUAGUUGGUGCGGUGUUUCUCUCAUAUGUAUCAUGGUGUAUUUGAGCUUCCUGUUGUUGUUUGCUUGAAUUGAUUUAAUUUGGGUUUGAGUUGUCCCUUGAAUUUGUGUUUGCCAAAAUCAUUAUUAACCCACCGGAUGGUAAUUGAAUGGAAAUGAAAUUCUUGUUCCUGUUUCAUCAUUUUCAGUGGCCGAUGACAUUUUUUAAGUGUCCCUUUCGUAAACCUAAUUUUAGGGCUUUUCAAGUUUGUAACUCAUAACUUUUUUCAAACACGUAACUUUUGGUUUUACGGACUGAAUCUUAUAAUAAUAAGAAAAGGUAUGGUUGAA